ACUCAAAUAACGUUAUGAUGAUCAAAUGGCAUAGCAUGUUAUUUGUAUAGCAAAGUGUAUUGUGUAUUUAAAAUUUAUUUUUAGGGAUAUACACCACUUCAUAUAGCUGCUAUGAGUGGUAAAGAUCAAGUUAUCACCCAACUGAUCGAACUUCACGGUGCAAGUAUUCACGCACGUGAUCACAGUGGAAGAAAACCUAAAGAUGUCGUCAGAGAAACAGUAGCGGCUGAUGUCCAGAGGAAAUUGGGAAGAUCGCUAAUACUUGAACCGGAUUCUACGAUGGAUUUUCGUGUCACUCUCGCACCGCCGAGCCGUAAAUUUCGCUCAUUGUCGGCAGCAUCUUCUGAUGGAGAGAUAAGUCCAUCAAGCACACCUGAGGUUGCAAGAAAACAUUUAAAGUCACUAGGAGCGAGUGCACAGCGAUCUAUGUCAUUCUUGAGGAAGAAGAAGAAACAUGAACACCGAUUGCGACCUGAGGAUAUUCAGCACUCUCCACAACUAGAACGUAAACAUGAGCCACCAAGUACGCCCAUCAAACGAGAAUCGUCUAAGAAAAGCAACACGCGACCUAAGUCACAAGUUGUCGUUAAUACGCAAGACUCAAUUGUAUCUUUAGGAAAGAGCACGCUUUCUUUCGAAAUCUAACGUACCAAUAACACACACUGUACACCGAUGUUCAUUUCGAAUGUUUGUUGUUAAUCGAAUUCUUAUCAGCUACUUUGAGACUGUGCCACAGCUACGAUACAUAUUAUAUACAUGAAGUCAUAUGCGUUAAACAUUGAUAUUAUAGCCGUCUGAAGCCGGCUAAAAUGUCUCCAACGCUGUUACGUUCUCCACCGUUGUUGCGGUCUUUACCGUUGUUACGUUUUCCACCGUUGUUUAUAUGAUCUUCACCGUUGUUACGGUCUCCACCGUUGUUACGGUUUUCACCAUUAGUACGGCAUCCACCGUUGUUUAUAUUGUCACAAGUUUUAACUGCAUUUUUCAAAUUAUUUAUAAAUAUUGAAAGAAUUAGUUUUAAAAUGACACAUUUUUACCGCUAACCACAUUUUAGUACACACGAGUAAUACUACUAAUUCAAUCAUUGGAUAUGGUGACGAAGUUACUAAUUUGAUAAUUUACCGUUGUGUCAACAGCGGCGAGUUAGAACUUGAUACCUAGUCCUUUUUAAAGUUAUUAACCAAGUUCGAGCAACAGAGUAGUCCCCUGUGAUAGUUGUGUUGACAAAGUUAAAUCGUUUUAACUAAAAAAACAAACGAUUUAUCCAACUCAAUUUCAGGGAUUAAAAGGUCAUGGAUUGAAAGGUCAUAGAAAGAUUGUUGACCCACCUCGAGUUUACUGAGAUCUUUUGAGAUUUAUUUUAAUGGAUAAUAUUAUACUUGUAGUUUUUUUAAGACACUUAGAAUAUAUUUUUGCUAUUAUUUAAUGAAAAUUUGAUGUAUUUUUAUAUAAUUUCCCACAAUUUCGAUUUCGUGUAGCUAUUUUCGCCAAUGUACAUUUAUCAGUGAAGAUGAAUAUGGGGAGAAGCUACA